GCCUUUUCCCCUUUUCUUCUUGAAAAGCCCAAAAAGAGUUGCCCGUUGAUCGUCGAGCAGCUGCUGGUCACUUCUAAGCCAGGUUGGCCAUUGACAUCUAUUGACAUCUAUUGACAUCUACACAUCCAACAUGACCUCAGAAAAGGUGGAAGGCGUUCUCAUGGAGGAGUCAAGCCCGGGGGUGCAGCAAUAUACUUCCUCUGGCUCUGACAUGGCGUUGGAAGAGAAAGGGGAAGAGCUUGGUUUCUGGACUCGUUUGGGAUGUACACCGGAGUCAUUCAAGAGACGACGAUUGACUGGUGGGAAUCAACUCAACCAGACACUCAAGUCGCGACAUCUGCAUAUGAUCGCAAUCGGCGGAAGCAUAGGUGCAGGUCUAUUUGUCGGUUCAGGCUCUGCGCUGGCAAAGGGUGGUCCUGCGUCGCUGGUCCUCGACUUUGCGAUCAUCGGUGUGAUGAUGUUCAAUGUCGUGCAUGCGUUAGGCGAACUAGCCAUUCUCUUCCCGGUCUCUGGCGGAUUCUAUACCUACUCUGCCCGUUUCAUUUCCCCAGCGUGGGGAUUUGCGAUGGGCUGGAACUAUGUGUUUCAAUGGCUUGUGGUCCUACCGCUAGAACUAACCGUAACCUCCCUCACGAUAACGUACUGGAAAGUAGAUAUCAGUGUCGCGGUAUGGAUAACAGUUUUCUUGGUUGCCAUUGUGAUCAUCAAUAUCUUUGGAGUGCUCGGAUACGGCGAGGAGGAAUUCUGGGCCAGUGCGAUCAAACUCACCGCCAUUGUCAUCUUUAUGAUAACCGCUAUUGUACUGGCAUGUGGAGGCGGUCCAAAGGAUGGCCUCUACGGGCAGUACUGGGGUGCAAGGCUUUGGUAUGAUCCAGGGGCCUUCCGCAACGGUUUCAAGGGAUUUUGUUCCGUAUUUGUGACGGCUGCCUUUGCCUUCUUUGGCACGGAGCUAGUUGGACUGGCAGCAGCGGAAAGUAGAACGCCUCUCAAAUCCCUCCCAUCCGCCAUCAAGCAAGUCUUCUGGCGAAUCAUCCUCUUCUAUAUCCUGGGCCUCUUCUUCGUUGGCCUGUUGGUACGGAGCGACGAUAAACGGCUACUUGGCGCCAACACAUACUCGGAUUCUAAUGCCUCGCCAUUUGUAAUUGCUGCUAAGGAUGCAGGACUGUACGGCUUCGACAGUUUCAUUAACGUCAUCAUCCUUAUCUCGGUCCUCUCUAUUGGAAACUCUGCUGUGUAUGCCGGAUCUCGAACCUUGACAGCCAUCUCCGAGCACGGGUAUGCACCCCGUAUAUUCUCAUACGUCGACAAAGCGGGCAGGCCGCUUUUCUCCACCAUAUUGGUCAUUGUCUUUGGGGGGCUGGCGUACGUGAACGUUUCUGGGAAGGGACCAGUCAUAUUUGAUUGGUUGCAAGCUCUUUCUGGCUUGACUGCCCUGUUCACCUGGGGAAGCGUGAGUUGACUAACCUCAUCCGCCAUUCUAGUACUCUGAAUCAAUUUUUCUGUCUAAAAGAGCUGCUAGGCUGACUAGAGUAGAUAUGCUAUUCGCAUAUUCGCUUCCGAGCCGCAUGGGCACGUCAAGGCAGGUCUCUAGACGAGAUUCCCUUCAAGGCCUGUUUUGGAGUAUAUGGAUCGUGGGUUGGCCUCUUCAUCAUCUUUGUUGUCUUCAUUGCCCAGGUAUGUUAUGCUUUUCCUGUUCCUUUUUUUUUUUCUUUUGACUUCAUUAGUACGUAACUAUGUGGAUGGAAAUGGUCUGACCCCUGGCAAUAGUUCUACAUCGCAGUAUCCCCUCUCAAGGGUGAGGCAUCGGCCGAAGGCUUCUUCAAGGCCUACCUCGCUCUUCCCGUAGUGCUCUUCUUCUGGUUGUGUGGCUGGCUCUGGAAGCGACAGGGCUGGACAAAAAUCGAGGACAUCGACGUCGACACCGGCCGCCGUGAGAUUGACUGGGAGGAGCACAACCGUGAGAUAGACCGGAUCAAGCAGUCAUCUUUCCUGAAGCGAGUUGUGCAUCGAUUCUUCUAAGUUAACGGAUGACCAUACAUAUACAAAGGUAUGUAAGAAUACUAGAUAUACUUGAGAAUCUGAUCGUGUGUCUGCAGUGUAAUAUUUAAUCCAAUCAAAAUGUGUUCAAUAUUCAAGCAUCUGCAGUCUCGCAUAGCAAAUUCUUCAGCAGACAAUCAGCUUCGCAAGCCAUGAAAAAGCAAACAAGCCCAAACAAAAAAAGGGCCUCAAGCCAUAAUCUUGUUCGCCUCUGCUUCAGAAGCCUAACAAGAGGCCAAGCAAGGCCCCAUGGGGCGGCGUAAAGGGUGCAUCCAUCUCUCUUCCGCCUGAAGAUGGAGAUCCAGGGUCAGGCACUAAACAAGCCAUACAAAACAUACAACCACAGCGACAGCGACGACGUUGAACAUCUAGAUAUGCGUAGAAAAGAUGCCCUGGUUCGGCCGGGAGAGCAGCCCGUAUAGCUACAACUUAUCGUCCGAGAUGCACCGCGUCUAAACCCCCUGUUUAGCCAAAAGAAACGACGAGAUGGAGAUAUAUAUUCAACGUCGUCCGUCGCUCAUCGAGCAGUUAACGGUCACCACGCAGGACAUCGCGAUCGGUUGUCCACCAUCAUUCUCCAGCCCGCUAGGCAUGGCAGUGGAGAAGAGCCUUGCAUCAGACUAUCGCUUCCGUUCGUGUCCCACAGCAAGGUUGCAAGAUCGAACGGGACAACCAGAACGAC